UCACUUGUCACACAUCAACAUUUUAUAUUUGCAGAGGAUGCUGCUCCUCCUCCUUUCUUGCUUAGUUUUGACUGAAUCUGUGCAGGCUAACUUUAAAGGUCCCCCAGAGGAUGUAACUUUGUCAUGGCAGGAUCCUGUUAUGAUCAUUCAAACUUCAGAUCAGUAUGAUGGGACAAUAAAUAGCAAUUGCAUAAAACUUGUUUUGCAGCUGAAAAACAGAGAAGAAUUGGAAUGGCAGAGAACUAUUACAUCUUCAGAUUGUCAUGAUAUGGACUCAUCAACAACACACAUACAUUGCAGUUUCAACAAUCCAAACCUGGAUCCAGAGAAGUGUUUCUAUAUGCAAUUGCAGUUUCAAACCGUAGAGGGUUGUAAAUGGUCAGUAUAUGAAAGCGAGUGGAGCAAUAGCAUCUUCAUGAAGAACUACAGUCUAGUAGAGUCAUGUGAUGUGCCCGCAGCAGCCGGAGUGCAGACCUUCAUCAUUACAUUUUCAGUCAUUUCUACUGUGAUCAUAAUUAUUGUAGUAUUUCUCAGGUGUAAUAUGGAAAGAAUGAAGAAAUUUAUAUUUCCUAUUGUACCUGAUCCAAAGAAUUCAUUUCAUGACUUAUUUGACAGUCACAAUGGAUACUUGCAGGAAUGGGUAAAGACUGAAGCCAAUGACACUCAUCAUGAAGAAGUAGAGUGCAUCAUGGAUGAAAAGAAUGAUGAGCCUGUAUUAACGUAUGUGAAAGCAAAUGAGAUUGUGAUGCCAGUAAAUCAAUCUGAUAUCGAGAAACAAGAGGACAAAGCUUCUAAUGUUUGCUUCGGAAAUAUAAACUUUACAAUGAAUGAAAGUAUGUAUGUAAUGCUUUAGUUCUCAGGGUACUUGAUAUAGAUAUACUAAUUACUUUUGAAGCAAUAAUAAAGGGGACUGCUUGCUUUACCCAGCACUUUAUUAUAUACUCUGCUAGGGUAUGUGAUGCUAAAAGGAUGGGGGUGCCCUGUAGGAAAGGCUUGGUUUUGGUGGUCCACAGAUCCCCAUAAUUUAUAUUGACACCCCAGUCUUCAGCUGCUGGCAGGAUGUAAAAUCAGUGCUACAGUAAAAUUCCACAGUUUCUUUCCAUAAAGACAUUAUUCAUGGACCCUUACCCUUACUGUUUUCAGACACCUUCUAAUGGUCUGCAUUAAGUCUAAGAGCUGUGACAGAUGCAGGAAUGUCAUACUACAAUUACUGACUUCACAGAUGUAUUAAUCUUUUAGACAGUGUAAAUGUCAAUGUAGCUCAUCUUGGAAAAUAAAUAAAACUAUAUAACACACUAGUUUGGUGCAAAAUGGGGCAUUAUAAUUCAGACCUCAUUUCCCAAUCAGCCACACCCCUUGACGAGCUAGGUGCAAUGUAUUUUUCUAAAACUAGAUGCACCAAACUGCCAAAGUUUAGCACAUUUUAGGACAAGGUCUAGGCACAAUCACAUUUGUAAAUGUGAUUCUGUAUAUAUACAGGAGAAUGCUUUGUAUUGUCAGAACAGAUCCAGUUUAUUCAUAGUAUCUUUGCUUUUGUCUUUGUUAACUGAAACAUUUAUUUUCCAUGAUGUAAGGAUUUGCUCUUUUCUGAUCAGAUGAGAUCAUGGAUGAAUUAAAAUGGAAGGAUGUUUGAAUGACUUUACUAAGCAUUAGUUACUUUGUAGCAUAAUUAAAAUCCUACAGUGGUGAUUCAAAGGAAAUGAUCACAUAACCCUGAAUAUUAACCAUGAAGGCAAUAUGGAUCAGGGUUUUCCUGACCUUCAGUAUAUGUAAAAUGUGAACUCCAAAAUUACAGACAAAAUUAUAUACAGCAUAUCUUGCAUUCUCCGACGAAAAAUGUAUUGUCUUGAUUUCCUGAAAGUAGCAACAAGAUAAAAUCUCAGAAUACUGAUAUUGUAUACACAGAUGUAAGAAUCAUUAGUUUGACACUCAUUAA